GUGCGACUGAUGGCUAACGUGCAUCGUUUCAGGUAGAACAAAUACUUAUUUUGAUAUCUUUUUGUUGAUUUUCAAAACGUUUUUUUGUUUUAUAAAUUAUAUUCGCGAAAUCGACAGUCGUCUACAAGAUAGAUCAUAAAGUGAUUGUGUGUUAUGGGAGUGACGCGUCGCUGGAUUUUCAGACGAUUUGAUAUCGCUCACAGAUUAGUGACGAAAAUCAACUAAUAAAACCACUCAACACUGUCCUUUGACGAGCACUUGAAAGGCGUUUGCUUGUUCAGUUUGUUUCUGUAGCGACGUCAGAGUGGCUGUAUUAUUUAUUAUAUUGUGUCGCGUCUAGCCAUUGAAGGAAAGUGACACAAACCUUUUAGAACCAUGGGUUGCGCUUCAUCUAAAUCAAAAUCUUCAAAAGCUUCAAAUGAUGAAAUUACAGCCAAGAUCACCGGAAACGGUACGACGGACGAUGGAUACGUCGAGGAUUACAUUUGUAACGAGAAUGACGUCGGUGAAAAUGAGAUGAAGGCCUUCGAACUGGAUGGAGGCAAGGUAUUGCUGGUAAAGCAAAAAGGCAAGCUGUCGGCCAUCGGAAACAAAUGCUCUCACUAUGGAGCGCUGCUGUCAACGGGAGCAUUGGGCGAUGGAAGAGUACGCUGCCCGUGGCAUGGAGCUUGCUUCAACAUUGAAACGGGAGACAUCGAAGAUUUCCCGGGACAGGAUUCAUUGCCCUGCUUCAAAGUUACCGUGGAACAAGGACGGGUUAAAAUACGUGCGAAACGGUCGGAGCUUCAAUCUGGGAAGCGAACCAAGGCCAUGGUCAAGAAGCUCAACGAGGACGAACGAACUUUCGUGGUGAUCGGUGGAGGACCGUCGGGUGCCAUCUGUGCAGAAACCUUACGCCAAGAAGGUUUCACGGGUCGUGUCAUCAUGAUCAAUAAGGAACCAUGCUUGCCCUACGAUCGAAUCCUAGUAAGCAAAACAAUGGACUUUGAGUUGAAUAAGAAGCUGCUGCGAGAUGAGAGUUUUUACGCCGAUAAUGAAAUCGAAACCAUGACGGGGACGGAAGUAACUUCAGUAGACAACGCGAACCGAGAACUGACGCUUAGUAACGGUUACAAAAUCAAGUAUGACAAGGUGUACAUUGCCACAGGAUCGAAGGCCAGGAAAGCUCCAAUCGAUGGCGCUGAUUUACCUAACGUUUGUGUGCUGCGGUCGAACGAACAUGCCAAAUAUGUGAAUGGUCAGCUAAGUCUUGACAAACACGUGGUAGUCCUUGGAGUUAGCUUCAUCGGCCUCGAAGCUGCAGCAUAUUGUGUGAAUAAAGUUGCAAAAGUAACUGUUAUCGGUCGAAGCGCAGUUCCUCUGAUGGAUUCCUUCGGCGAAAAAGUGGGUACCCGAGUGAUGAAAAUGUUCAAGGAAAAAGGAGUGCAUUUCAUAAUGAAUUCUGGCAUAAGGCGUUGCAUUGGGGAUGACGAUAGGAAGCUAACCUCAGUUGAGUUGAAUGAUGGAACGAUACUGAAAGCAGAUAUUUGCAUCAUGGGUGUAGGGUCUACCUUCUUCACUACUUUCCUGGAAGGAUCAGACAUCAAAUUGAAUAAGAACGGAUCUGUGGACACGAAUCAAUUCCUUGAAACAAAUGUAUCGGGGGUGUACGCAGGGGGAGAUAUUGCUAAUGCGCCUGUUUUCUGCAACAAUAACGAACUGACUGCAAUCGGUCACUACCCAUUGGCACAAUAUCACGGCAAAGUAGCAGCUCUAAAUAUGGUAGGCAAGACCACUGAGCUGAAAGCGGUACCAUUCUUUUGGACCAUGCUUUUUGGAAAGGGCUUCCGAUAUGCUGGUUACGGAAGACCUCAUGAAACGAUAAUUGAAGGCGAUCUUGAACAGCUGAAAUUCGUAGCCUUCUAUUUGGAUGCCAAUGGAAAAGUAAUCGGAAUGGCCUCUUGUGGGCGAGAUCCAGUUGUGUCCCAAUUUGCCGAGUAUUUGUCACAAGGAAAAAAUCUGCAUAAAAAUCAACUAAAUCCGGAUCCAUUUGCUUGGACUAAGUAAGGUCAAA